GCAGAAGCAAACGCAACGAUGAUGAUGAAGAUGAAGAUCGCCCUGGUGGCCUGCGUCCUGCUCGCCUCGUCGCUCACCUUCGUGGCGACUAACAGCGGCUUUGGUCCUGAUCAGUGCUGUUUCAAAUUCUUGCCAAAACCCGUGAGCAAGGACAGAGUGGUGGCCAUCAAAGCUACAGAGAAGCUGUGUGCGAUGGAAGGCGUCCUCUUCAGGAUGAAGAAAGGCGCCGUAUUCUGUGCGGACCCGAACGCUCAGUGGGUCAAGGACAUUAUGGAGGCCAAAGCAAACGAGCAGGCCUCAACUCCGGCUCCAUCUCAAUAGUGAACCUGAGACAGAUGCCGGCACAACGAAUCAACGCUUUCUCUGUUUUUAUACGGUUCUCCAAUGACUUCUCUAUACGAUAUAAUCUCUUCCUCUCUUUGUGUGAGCUGCUUUUAUAUUAAACCGUCUGAUGGAAUAAAAAAAA